AUGGAGACGAUAGAGAGGAUUCUGUCCAGGCCUGUCGCUAAGCCAUACCGUUCUCGAAAGAUUGACCCCACCAUCAAGCCAUAUCUAAACCAGUACGGUCAGGUCGAUUUUGCCCCCGGCGACAUCGAAAACCCCAAAGAAUGGUCAACCGGCCGCCGAUGGUAUUGCACAAUCGUGGCCGUCACUCUGGUCUGCAAUGCCACAUUUGCUUCGUCCAGCCCCUCGGGAUGCCUGCGCGGGAUUGCUGAAGAGUUCAACGUGUCAAUGACCGCGGCUGGUCUCGUCAUCACUCUAUUUCUGCUGGGAUACGUGGCGGGGCCGUUAAUAUUUGCUCCCCUGUCGGAAUUCUAUGGACGGCGAUAUGUUUUCUACGUGACCUUCACACUCUAUGUGGCAUUCAACUUUCUGUGCGCUUUUGCACCAAACUUUGCGUCCUUGCUCAUUGGACGCUUGUUGACGGGCACAUUCGCCAGCGCUCCUUUGACCAACGCCCCGGGGGUGCUUGCCGAUGUCUGGGGACCUGUUGAACGCGGCAAUGCCAUGGCGCUGUUCAGUAUGAUGACCUUCAUCGGCCCGUCUGGAGGGCCUGUGAUUUCCGGCUUCCUCGAGCUCACUAAAGAUUGGAGAUGGUCGUUCUACGUGUUGCUGUGGUUGGGCGGAGCGACCGAAUUGUUGUUGUUCACCAUCCCCGAAACGUUUCCCCCGGUCGUUCUGAUCAACAAAGCCCGUCGACUACGGGCUACUGGAGUGCCCGAGUAUCAACAACUCCAAGCUCCUGCCGAGGCAGAAGGGCGCCGGCUGGCCGAUGUGUUCAGGGUGGCGCUGAUACGGCCGUGGCAGAUCCUCUUCGACACCAUCUCUAUCCUCUGUGCCGUCUACAUGUCGGUGGUCUAUCUGCUGCUCUAUAUGCUCUUUUCCAUCUACCCGAUCGUCUUUCAGGAGAAGCGAGGCUGGAAUUCUGGCGUCGGGGAGCUUCCACUGAUCGGCACAGUUAUCGGGGCAUGCAUGGGUGGUGCCAUUGUUUUCUGGACCUCGAAGCGAGACCGGAAACGACUUUUGGCAGGCAUUGCGGGCAAACCCGAAGACCGGUUGCCAGUGGCCAUGAUUGGUGGCAUCAUGUUUGCCGUCACCAUGUUUUGGUUUGCGUGGACGGCGAACUUUAACAGCGUCCACUGGAUUGUUCCCACCAUGGCGGGGACCUUUUUGUCUACUUCGAUCCUCCUUAUAUUUGUGGCUUACAUCAACUACCUCACGGACACGUACUUGAUGUACACGGCCAGCGCCAUGGCGGCCAACACCAUCGUUCGGUCAGCGUGUGGAGCUGCGGCACCGCUCUUUACGAGUCAAAUGUUCAACGCCCUGGGAGUAGGGGGUGGCGGGUCGUUGAUUGGGGGCGUUGCGUGUCUUCUUGCACCGAUUCCCUUCGUUUUCUACAAAUAUGGCGAACCAAUUCGACAACGAAGCCGAUUUGCUCCUACCGGUCCCCCUCCACCGCGAGACGAGGAGAACCAGGACGACAAGGCAGAAGACCCUAUUGGAGUGGAGACUUCGUCAAGUUCAAGCUCCGGGUCGACGAAUGUUAGUAUCCAUUCCGAGACGGAGCCACACCGGGGCGACGAUGAUCCAGCUGUCCUUGAGAAAAGGGUGAACGAGUCGGAAGCAGCACCUCGCCACGAAGCAGGAGACACUGCGGGCGACAAGAAAGAAUUUGCUUAA